AUGGAUUGCAGAGUUUGUUACACAAUUGGAUUUCUGUUCAUAUUUGUUUCAACGUUAACGCUUUUAGCGAUCACAAUUGAUCGUUACCUAUAUGUAUCAUCGCCUCUCAGAUACCCAUUGAUCAUGACAUGGAAGAGAACCUACGGUAUUCUUCUUAGCAUUUGGAUAUGCGCUUCCCUUUUUCCUCCGAUAAUAGCCGUAUACGAAGAACCGACCAAAGUGCGGACUUUGUGUUUUGGACCAAUUGCUCUCGUCUUAACCUCUGCCAUAAUCUACGUUGUCAUACCUGUUAGUCUAAUCUUCUACUACAACUGCAAAAUUUUCCAAUUAGCAAGUGGACAUGCUCAAAGGAUGCACACAAAUCGUGUAGCUUGUAUUCAUGAUAUUCCAUCCUCCUCGCCAUUAGAAAUGCGUCCCUGGCAUAAAAUAACAAGAGAGAUGAAAGCAGUGAAAACAUUUGUAAUCGUAGUUGGUGUUUUCUUAUUUUGCCUUGUUCCGUUUACAACCGUUAUCUUGAUAAACAGUCUAGUUUCUAAUUGCGUCCCUGAAGUUGUCAUCAUUUUGCUUGGCGAUCUCGCGGGAACGAACGCCAUUGUGAAUCCAAUCAUUUACAGCAUGAGACAAAAGGAAUAUAAGAACUGUUAUCGCCAAUUGUUUUCUGUCGUGCGCAAUCGACUGAUGUGA